UAUAAAGUCACAGGCCAUAAUUUCACAUGAAUGUAUUUGAGAUGUACAGUACAGUAAACCCUGCACAUAAGUUUACAUAUAGCAUGCUUAUGAGCAUUUCACAUACUAAACAUGUAGCAGGGAAUGUGGUUUGUCUAAACAAUGCACCGGGGCAGUGGUGUUGCAUGAUUUACACUCUUGUUUGGAUUACUUCACACUGAUUGUAUAAGGGAUUUUGAAAGGCAUUUUUCAAGUUUUGGUAGAGAGUUGAACAAAAGUUGACUUAUUGUCAUGUCAUCUACAUGGGAAUUCACUGAACCAAGCCCUGGUUUACUCACAUCCAGCCAGUAUUUAAGCCAAAGUACCACAGCUGCCAGAGUAAUACAGACUGUGACAUUACAAUAACUGGACAAGAGCAUCUGUACAAGGAUGAAGUCAACACAGGCAAUGAUACUGAUGCUUUUUGUUGCAUCAGUCUUUUCAAAACCAUUUCCUUUGCGCAGAGGAUCUGAUUCAUCAGACUCUGUGCAGUCAGGAUCCAGUUCCGAGGAAAAUGAUUCUUUGAAUCGUCGGUUUCCUUUGCGCAGAGGAUCUGAUUCAUCAGAGUCUGUGCAGUCAGGAUCCAGUUCCGAGGAAAAUGAUUCUUUGAAUCGUCGGUUUCCUUUGCGCAGAGGAUCUGAUUCAUCCGACUCUGUGCAGUCAGGAUCCAGUUCCGAGGAAAAUGAUUCUUUGAAUCGUCGGUUUCCUUUGCGCAGAGGAUCUGAUUCAUCAGACUCUGUGCAGUCAGGAUCCAGUUCCGAGGAAAAUGAUUCUUUGAAUCGUCGGUUUCCUUUGCGCAGAGGAUCUGAUUCAUCAGAGUCUGUGCAGUCAAGAUCCAGUUCAGAGGAAAAUGAUUCAUUCAGGCAGGAUUCAAAUUCUGAAUCAAACGAGUCUGAACGAGUCUGAUUCUUCUGAGGAAGUCAUUGUGCCAAGCCGCGCACCACCAAUCAUCACCGUCACUUGAAAGGGUGGCGAUGGCUGCUAAUCUGCUAAUAACUUGCAAUAUUGCGGUUUAAUCAUAUUUUAAUGCAAAAUUAAUAUACAAAUAACAAUGUACAACUGAUUAUAGUGCACAGUAUAACAAUGUGCUUUGAAAAAGAAUGAAACUAAUGAAUGAUUUAAGUAAUAAAGAUUACAUUUGCAUGUCACCA